UUCUAUCAUAUCCAAAGGUGGCGGACGAAUUUUGACGACUGAAUUCCAUGAGGCUCACUUGAAAUAUACCCCUCUUUUCACCUCCUUACCAGACGGCUGGAAGUGACCACGACUCAGUGACGUCAAUUUCUUGAAUCGAGCGUGCGUGGUGCAUCCUUCAACACUCGACGACGUGUCGCAAAUUUUAUCUCUAAACAUUGAUGGCCUCUCUGAUGUUUGACGCGUCCUCAGGCUCGCCGGAAACGGACAGACAUCUUGGCUUGGUACAGAAUGUCAACUGGGCCGCCACAUCGAUAGGUGCUAUUGAUGACUGGCCACCGGAGCUUUUACUCUUGUUCCAUUUGAUUAUCUUGGACCCACAGCCCCGGUUGCUUCUCCUUGGAUUGGAUCAUCUGUUGCUAUACAAUGAAGCCUACGCCGAGCUGGUCGGAGAAAAGCACCCCGCUGCUCUCGGUAGCCCCAUUCGAGAAGCCUUUCCCGAAACCUAUUCUUUGACAUUAUCAAUAGUGGACGAAGUGAUUUCUACUGGAAGAGCUUCUGUUGAAAAGGGCUUCACCAUGCCUUCGAUGAGAAAUGGUUGUCUUAUGGAGAUUCACAUGUCUUGGACCAUCGUACCAUUUCCUAAGAAAAGCGCACUUACUGGAUUUUCUGUCAUUCUGCGCGAUGAGACGGAGAAAAAAAUCUCGGACAGAAGGCUACAGACAAUACACAAAUUGACGCUUUCACUGAAUGCGGCCACGGAUGUGUCAUCUCUAUGGGAUACCAUACUCGGGAGCUUGUCUGAGAGAGAAUACGACUGUCCAUUUGCGCUUAUAUACGCCCCUGAGUCCAACACCUUUGUUGAUGACGAACUAGUCUUCCAACUGAAAGGCUCAAUUGGAGAUUUUGAGACCAACGCAGUAGUUGCGAACGUGCUCAACCUGAACGGUACCAGUAAAGAUCGUCUCAACCAAAGUCUGAGCUCGGCUGUUGCGUUGGAAGAACCAGUGCUAUUGACAACACAAGACGGAAGUCUUCCAGAAUCUUGGUCGAAGGCAGCGCAUACUCGGGGCUGGGAAGAUGACUGCACGGAAGCCUUGGUCCUCCCUCUACAGUCUAAUCGCUACCACAAAGUCAGGGCUCUACUCGUUCUAGGAGUGGCCACGAGAUCGACCUACGACACUGCGUACAAGACUUGGACCGAGGAGAUACGAAGAAUCAUCGGAAAUUCGAUACACUCUCUUAGAAAGAAGGAGAUCGCAGCUCUGGAGCUCGCCCAACGUGAGAAGAAAGCUAACAACAUCAGCCGAGAAUACAAUCAUCUGGUCAAAGUCAUGGAACUAAGUGAUGUAGGUAUUUUCAGCUGCGACAGAGACGGCAAUUUACUUCAAGCAAACGAGUCCUGGCAUCGACUUUCAUCAUUUCCUCGUCAAGAUGCCCCCGUGCCAGCUUUUGCUUGGCUAGAAUCCGUUCAUGACGAUGACAAAGAAUUGGUCAUGUCCAACUGGAAUAGCAUGCUUCAAGGAAAACCAGUCACUUACCAGAUGAGAUGGAAGCACCCACAUCGGCCGGAAGGCAGGUGGAUCUUAGCUGUUUGUCUCCCGGUCAUGGAUGAUCACGGAAAGGUUGUCAGUAUCGCUGGUUGCACAACAGAUAUCGAUGCUCAGAAGCGAGUCGAAAAUGAUGCUCUCAAAGCAUUGCAAGCGCUAGAAAGAGCGAGCGCAAGUGAACAACGGUUCCUUCGAUUCACAGCGAGCUCCCCUGUGGCUGUGCAUAUCCUCGAAAUGCCGUCCAUGACUUUGAGUUUCUGUAACAGUGCUUGGUUUGAAAUGCUAGGUAUCACUCCAGUGCCCGUUAGCGAACUGGACUCUUCGUGGGUCGAUGGUAUCCUCGAACAAGACCUGCCUUUGGUUAGGGAAUCCGUCACUCAAAUACUUGCCACUCACGAGCCACAAACGACACAAUUCAGAUUCCGCCGAAUGUUUGUCAGUGGUGACGGGCACAGAUACCAGUCUUGGGGAUCGUCGACGUCUCACCCAGAACUCGAUGAAAAUGGUGUUGUCAAAGCCAUAAUGACGACAACCACAGACAUCAGCCAUUUGAAGUGGGCCGAAGACGUUCAGCGCUCAAGAGUCGAAGAAGCCUUGGAAGCCAAACAUCAUACAGAAAUUUUUGUCGACAUGGUGUCACAGCAUGAGAUCAGAAAUCCUCUUGGAGCAGUCGUACAUUGUGCAGAUGCCAUAGACGAGUCCCUAGGAGAGAUGCAAUCAAUCUUGGGCAAGUUGCCUGUCUCUGACGAAAGGGCUGAUAAGCGUCUACUCGAAUUGGUUGCCAGCAGCGCAGAGGCUGUCAACAUCAUUACAUCAUGUUCCAGUCACCAAAAACGAAUUGUUGAUGAUCUCCUAACUCUAUCGAAACUCGACAGCAACCUCCUCCAGAUUAACCAGGCUCCAGUCCGUGCCAAAAGUAUCCUGGAUGAUAUGCAACGUCUAUUCGAGAUUGAGGCUGGUCGCGCUGAUAUUGAAUUGCGUAUCCAAGCUGAUCCAUCGAUCGAGGCUAUGACAAUCGACAAUGUCAUGCUUGAUAUCGGACGAGUACAUCAAAUUUUGGUCAAUUUGGUGACUAAUGCUUUGAAGUUCACGAAAGAAAGACCGGAACGAAGGGUCACUAUCACGAUGGGCACUUCAAACGAGCGCCCUUCGGAUGGUCCACUAUCUUCCACAAUCGACUUUGCAUUACCCCAUACUCUGAGCGACACAGUUCGUGAGUCUGUAGCGAUAGCCACAGGACCAGGUACAUUUUACAUUUGGUUCAGCGUUAUGGACACAGGAAGAGGCAUCAAGCCAGAGGAGAAGAUCAAGCUAUUCUCACGCUUCCAGCAAGCGUCUCCACGCACAUACUCCAAAUAUGGAGGUUCUGGACUUGGUCUCUUCAUCAGCAGAGAGCUGGCAGAACUUCAAGGCGGUGAGAUUGGUAUCGCUACAGAACCCGACGUCGGAUCAACUUUUGCCUUCUUCGUCAAGACUCGGACGGCUACACCUCCAGCAGAGCAACGGCUUAAAAACGACCUUUCUAUGCGUCCACGCAGCGGUUCUGCUCAGACAAGCUUCAGCAACGAGAUCUCUCAGAUUCACGUCCUGGUUGCAGAAGACAAUCAAGUCAAUCAAAAAGUGCUUAAGAGGCAGCUUACCAAUAAAGGCUACGUAGUCUGGACAGCAGACAACGGGCAGGAAGCCGUAGAAUUCCUCCGUCAAACCCGCUACUGGAACAAAGCCACGCAGAAAGACGGAAAGACUAUCACUAACGCCGCUCCAGACAGAGAACUUCAUGUCAUCCUCAUGGAUACAGAGAUGCCGAUCAUGGAUGGCUUGACAGCAGCAAAGACGAUUCGCGAGAUGCAAAGAUCAGGCGAACUGAGAGGCCAUGUGCCUAUCUUGAGUGUUUCUGCGAACGCGAGACCCGAACAGACUAGCAUGGCUAUGGCGGCGGGUAUGGAUGAUUCGAUCAGCAAGCCGUUCAGGAUUGCGGAUUUGACGCCAAAGAUUGAUCGAUUGGCGGAUUUGGCUCAUGCUAGCUGAGACUAAUAAUCGCUCGUUUAUGAGUCGACUGAAUUGGGUCAAACUGCGGUAAGAGGGAGGGCCAAGGUAACGGUGCAUAUAUAUCAUAGAUGCAUAUGGACGAUGCAUAUAACAUGGGCUGGCAUACAGCAAAAAGGCGUUUAAGCUUGAAUUUUGUAACAACGGCAUGCUUCCAAACAUUCUUCUGAGUCCGAUUUAUCUAUCCUCCUUAUAUUUCCAACUCGGUCACACCCACCCUCUUUCCAUGA